AUGGUUGCAACCAUUCCUAUCCUCCGAAAUGAUACCUAUCAGCCUUAUAUUGCUGUUGGCUUGUCUGUAGAUCAUCUCUACAUCCUUCAAUUGGCCCCUUCUCCGUUUGACGGGAGGAAUUUAUCCGACUGUCAUCUGUUGGCUCACUGCGGCGAGGCUUGGCAGCAGAUAGCCUGUGCUCGUUUCGCAUGGAGUUUGGCCGUCUCGGGUCCUCAGGUAAUCGGUACCCUGCAAGCAGUUCACUCUGCUGCGGCACAUGCCACCCGUCUUGUCGGCCUCACACCUACGCAUCACUACCACCAGCCGCAUCAACAGUCACAACCACAACAACAACAACAACAACAACAACAGAAACUUGCUCCUGUCCAAACUCCCGUUGCCCCACGUGGAUCCUCCGAGCCAGAUCCCACUCUUCGUCCGCCAGGUUGCGCGCCUUUUCCGCCAGCUCUACCGCCUAAGCCAGCUUUAUCAACCGGAAUUGUGGUGAAUGGCUCUUCGGGCAUGAAGCCAGUCAGGCUAACCACUCUACGAGAGGUGAGCAUCUUAUCUGAUCAAGGUUUCUACCGAUGGGGACAUAAUGCUCGACAAAAUUACAUAUACAAAGCGCAACUAUAA